CUUUCUACUGUGCCUAUUGACGGAUCUCUUGGCUCAACGCAAAUACUUGUAAAUACAAUCAAAUACGACAACUAAAAGAAGCAAGACUAGAAAAAAAUUGUUCGCAUUACGAUUUUUACCAUCUGUUGCGGGAAAAAAAAAUCAUAAAUUUAAUUCAAAACGACGGGUUUAAGUGCAGAAUAAUAACGGAAAAAGCGAACCAUUUUCAAGCAAAAAUACAGAAGAAAAUUCAACAAAUUCAAGAUAAACACUCAAAUAAACGAAGAAAGUGAAGAAAAAAAAACUCAACAUAACAAAAUACCAAAUAUUCAACUGUGAAGAAAACCAUAUGAACCAAAAAAAGUGUACACAGUUGUAAAAAAGAAAGAGUAUGAAUCAGCAUGAAUCAAAAGAAAAAUAAGAAUGAACAGAAGAGUUUAGCCGAUUGUACCGUUUGGUAGAAAAAUUACAAAGAAAAAAAAUAUCAAAACAGAAUCAACAAAAAUCAUUGUUGAACAAGGAACGAAAGAUAAUAUAGAGAAAAAAACUCUACAGAAAAUCGUGAUAAGAGAUAAAAAAAACGGCAGAAAAAUUUGGAAAUUGUAUUAAAAUAAACAAUAAUCAAUUCAGAACCGCUGAAAAAGGACAAAAUCAACAAAGAAAUUGAACAUAAAUCAAAAGUGUCGUGUGAGAAUCGUAAUCCGAUUGUUGACCAAAAAGCAAUCCAAUUAAAUUAUGAACAUUACUCCAUCGGUUUAGUUGAUGCAUUGAUGAAAAUGCAUAGCAAACAAGUCUUGCAAAGAGCUAGUUAGUGCACACACUUGAAUUAAAUAGUGUGUAAUAAUGUGUGAUGAGACGACGUCGUAAAAAAGUGGAGAAAGUUGUUAGCCAAAGAUUGAAAUAGUGUUGUUGCUGCUGUUGUUGCUGUCGUUCGUUGAAUCGACCGAAAUAAACGAAAUAUGCUGUAUUUCAGUGCCAUAACAGUUGUGUGCAUUUGGGCGUUGCAAUUUGGUGUGGUGGUCAUGAAUCCGGUGACAAACAUAGAAUGUGAUUGCAGUGCAACAUCGCUGGAAUCAGAUUCGUCGGCUUGCUGUGUGAGCGAGUUCCCGAUGGUUGAGCCGGCAGUUCGGGUCACAUUUCGAAAUGUUCCAAACACAUCAUCCAUAAUCCAAGUAAAGUUGCAUUCAAUGGCCAAUUUCACCGAAAUCCCUUCACAAAUCAUCGAUACAUUCGAGAAUUUGGAGUAUUUGGAGCUAACAAUUGGCUUGGAACGUUUGCCAUUAACACGAAUCCCGGGCAAAUUGAAGCAUCUGAAUUUGAGUGGAAAUCGCAUCACAUCGGUUGACAUCGAUGCAUUUCUCAAUGCACCGGGCUUGGAUCAGAUCAAUUUGCAGUACAAUCGUAUCAGCACGUUGGCCGAUAGUGGAGCAUUUGUCGGUCCCAACAACUUGAAGUAUUUGAUUUUGUAUCACAACAAAUUGACCAUUUUGAAGCGUGACAUGUUCAAAUCAGCUCAAAAUCUCAUCUCACUAGAUAUUGGCUGCAAUGAAAUAAGCACGAUUGAAGACGGAACAUUCGACUUGCCACACAUCAAAGAGAUUUUAAUGAGCGAAAAUAAAUUGAAAACAUUGUCAGAUCAAAUUUUCAAUGGCGCACCAAGCGUGCAAAAUAUUGAUUUACAGAAAAAUUUGUUAGACCAUAUUGGCAAGGCUUUUGAAACAACGACACACCUACACCAAUUGCAAUUGUCCGAAAAUCAUCAUUUACACGAUUUAAAUGUAAUGGAUCUCACAUCAAAACUGCCCGAACUGAUUUCAUUGAGCGUUGACGCGACUGGCAUACAAUCACUAAGCACAAACACUGCCACCACGUCUAUUACCACACAAUCAACAACAUCCACAUCGAUUCAAUCGCCAUUACACACGCUCAGUAUUUCACAAAAUCAUUUAUCGCAAUCGGAUUUCUUAAAACAAUUAUCCGCUUUCUCAAAACUCGAAAAACUUUUUGUGGAUGCCAAUAAGUUCACGCGCUGGGACGAUGCUGAUGUGAGAAGCAUCAAAAAAUAUUUUCCGAACAUUGAACUUAUCGUCACGAAGAACAAUGUCUGGGAUAGACGAUGGGUGGAAAGCACACUAAUACCCGUCUUUCAAACGAACAACAUCUUUUGCUCGAACAUCAAAUAUUUGAACACUUACAUCGAAGGUUUCACCAACAGCAUCGACGGACAAAUUAUUGAGGGAACGGAAUGCAUUUGAUAGUGAUGACUUUGAUUUUCUCCUUGAAUGUGAAACCAGUUUUGUGUUCGAAUAAUGUGUAUAUUUGAGGAUUGGAUUCAAAUUGUGAAAUUUCCGAUUUUUUUUUCUGAAUUGAUAAAACUAAAGUAAUAAGAGUCUAAGCAAAGUCAUGUGAAAGUUAAAAUCCACAUAUAGGAGAAGAUAAUUCAAGAAAAUAGAUUCGAUUUUAUUUUGACAACAACAUGUUCAAAACUAAAACAAAAUGAGGCAAAAACAGAGAAAACAAAAACACAAAACACGAAGUAAUGGAAACAAUACAAGCCUCCAAGACUGCAGCUAAUAAAAAUUGUAUUGAAUCCACAGCCGCAUAGAUAUACGCAAAAAGAACUGCUCGAAAUGAAGCGAUCGAAAUGUGAACAUUGAUAAUUUACAGCGUCAAAUUUUGUUUUAAUUAAAGUUAAUAAAAUAUCAAUUAUAAUAAAAUCGAUACAAUGAAUGGGAAA